GUUUGUAUUUUGUUUUCGCGGGAACAGUGGAAGAUGAGUUCUUGGCUUCUUGUUGUUCUUUUACGCCAGUGUGUUUAAAAUACUAGUACAGCAAGUAACGUUUUUGUAAAUGACAUUUUUGUUGUAGUUAUGGCAUCAAAUAAGGAGCUUGGCGCAAAAAGUGAGAAGCGUGUGACUUUCAAAGAUGACAAACUUAAUACACAAGUGUCAGUUCCAUCUCGGAUACCCGUUAGAUCAAACUCCGUAUCACGGCAUAGCUGUAGCUCAAGAACUGGAGCAAUUAAAAAAUCGCCCAAGAAAUCUCAGGCGAAAAAAUCGUUAGUUAGAAAUGUCGAGCAACCAGUAUCAGUCAGCCGACAUAAGGGACUAUCCCAAUGUGUCGAUGUCCAUAGUUUGUAUUCAACAAGAAGCAGUAAAACUAGUGACCUAGGCGAACCUCCGCAUAAAUAUGCCGUCCCAGAAUUGUACACAACCUUAUGCUUGGCAAAUGAAAUCCGUAAAACAGCUCAAACAGUACCAAAGGCGUCGAUCAAAAGCACCAAGGAUUUACCACCUGUAAAAUGUCAAGUAGCGGAAGAAACGAUUGCCAAGAAACUGAAUUUUCCUGUCGAGGAACAUCUGUACCGAGACUUGAUAGCCCUUAACGUGCGUGAAGAAGACAUUGUUCCUGCCAUUGGAGACCGUCCUUCAUCUCGGGUAUGGAAAAAGUUUCCUAAAGACAAAGAACCACAACUGUCAGACUUUUUCAAACCACAGCCAAUGCCAGAAUACUGUUGUAUACCAAAGGUGACUGUAAAACCAAUAGGAAAGAUUCAAAGUUACGAUGGUUUGUCACUGUACAAGCGCCAACAACUUUGGAACAUGAGCAGGCCUGAAGAUACCUGAUCGUGAUGUGGCAUUUGUGGUUUAUGAUUACAGGCUGAAAACAAUUGCGUUGGAGAAGCUCCCGAAAAGAUGCUGUUUUGUCCUUGCGGCUUGCAGUUGAUUUCUGCUAGACAUACUGCUAAUUGUAUAAAGAUGAUUUCACUGUUUGCUGCUAUUGUGUUUAGUGAAAGUGACGUGUAUGCAUA